GGAAGCCUGUGUUGGAAUCACGGAAUUCAGCCGCUGUAGAAUAUUUUCCACGCUGUUCCUUCUCCCUGGGUCGUUUCUCAACCUCUUUCUGUAGCAGUUUGCUCAUCUCCGAAGUGUGGGUGGUGACACUGUGCCCUGGGAACAGUAGUCACCAAGAGGGCCACCCGCAUGGAGUUGGGAUCUCCUGACGCCAUGGGGACCCGAUUCUUCCUGGCUCUGUUUCUUGUGCUCCUGGUACUGGGAUUUGAGGUCCGGGGGGCCCUGCUGCCCCAGCAGGAUGAGCCCGGCAGCCCGACCCUGCUCACGCAGAUGCAGGAAUCUCUCUCCAGCUACUGGGAUUCAGCCAAGGAAGCCGCCCGGGGCCUGUACCAGAAGACACCCCUGAACACUAUGGAUGAGAAACUCAGGGACAUGUACAGCAAAAGCACCGCCGCUGUGAGUACUUACGCAGGCAUCUUCACUGACCAGCUCCUCUUUCUGCUGAAGGGAGACCAGUGACAGCCACCCAGGCCUUAGCACCCCCCGGAGCCCGAGACCUGCCCCAGCAGCGGACUUCGCUCCCCUCCCCCAGCCUGCUCCCAACUCUGAGUUCUUAUCAAUAAAAACGAAAAACCCCAAAACCAAGUUUAUUCUCUUCCAUGUG